UUCAUAGAUGGUGGAGGGAUUAGGUGUCAAUUCAAUGGGGAAAUCGAAUCGACGUUUCUUCUAUCCUUCCUUUUCAAAGAGGGCAGAUGUUUUUGCAAAGCCGGUCUAGACUUUGAAGGGGAACAGGAUAAGUUACACACGCGAGAGUUUCAACCAAACACCAAACCUAAAAAUAAAAAAAUGGAGAAAUACUCAUACCAAAAGGUCUUAGGGAUGGGAAAUUUUGGCAAAGCUUGGUUGGUACGCUCUCGUGAAAGUCGUCGACCUUAUGUCAUCAAAGAGAUCAACGUCGUCGGCAUGGGCGAGAAAGAGAGAGAAAGAGCCGUCAACGAGGUCGCUAUUCUUGGACGGCUGAGGCACGUGAACAUCAUUCGGUACCGUGAGGCUUUCGUUGCCGGUGGAGGCGGGAUACUAGCUAUUGUGAUGGAGUACGGGGAUGGAGGGGAUUUAGCGGAGAAAAUCGAGGAAGCGAAAUCAUCUGGGGACAGUUUCAAUCCUCCUCAAAUCUUGAACUGGUUUGUGCAGCUCUGCCUGGCCCUCUACUAUAUACAUUCUGAAAAGGUUUUACAUCGAGACCUCAAGCCUUCAAACCUGUUCCUCACAUCAAAAGGCAUCAUCAAAGUGGGUGACUUCGGAAUCGCAAAGAUGUUGCAUAAUACCAUGGACCACGCAAACACCACCAUCGGUACACCCUAUUACCUAUCACCAGAAAUCUGCCAGAGACAGCCAUACAACCAGAAGAGUGAUAUGUGGGCAGCAGGUUGUAUCCUGUAUGAAUUAGUAACUCUUACUCGCCCAUUCGAAGGACAUGAGUUAUCUACCCUCAUCAUGCGCAUACUAAGAGGCCUGUACACCCCUAUUUCAAAGACCUAUGGAAUCGUUAUCGAGGAGCUUGUAGCAGUUCUCCUUUCUGUGAGUCCCGACAUGCGACCAUCAGCACAUGCAAUCCUUACUUCUCAUAACAUACGGCCAUAUGUCAAGGCUUUCACCGACCAACGAAAACUUAUACCGAAUUCACCCUCAACAUCUCCAAGUACAGGAACUCGUGGUUAUGCAAAAUCUAGAAAAUCUGAAGAUCGAGAGAACCUACAGGAAGUGUCUUCGAAUUCCCCUUACGCAAUACCUCCAAGAUCACAAAAUGCUUCCAAACGUGUUCGAAGGUUCCACCAAGCUGAUCGGUUGUCUGACAAACCAUUAGUACAAAGCAGACAGCUUAAACCAAGGACUGAUUCCCCAUUGGUCAUUGACACUUGUAGGGUCACAAAGAAAGCUAAACCAAGAAUUGUCCAUCAUUAUUCUGCAAGUGAACCAGUCCACCGCGUCGAUCCGCCCGUCCGAUCUCGACAUCGACCUGAAAGGGCGAUGAGUCAAAGGAAACUAUCCGGGAAAACGUCCACAGCGACUGCCCCUCGCGAACGCUCCCUUUGUGAGGGUGUUUCUGGAUACGGUGCUGAUAAUCGACAACUUUACAGUCGUUACAGAAAGGGAGAAUCCAUUUCCCAGACAAAGUCCCACAAGAAAAUAUCAGAUGCCACACCAUCUACAAUGUCAAGAAAAAGAAGGUCGUGCAUUCCUGCAAUAGACGCAAGUGCCUUGGAGUCACCUUAUCAACCUGAGAUGCCAUGUGACAUUCCAUCGAAAAAACGACGCCAAUCCCUGCCCGAGAGAGUGAAAGAUUCGAAGUUUCUCUCUCGGCUUGUCUCAGGUGAAAGCACAACCUCAAAGCGCCCCCAUUCAGAGAUGACAGGAAAUGAUAUCCAGACUGUGCCGGGACUCCAUCGGGAGAAUAAAAGGUCCUGUGGCGGGUUGGUGAAGGCGAAGACAUCAAGGCGAAAGAGUGGACCACCAUCUACACACCUUCAAGUGAAGUCGACUCAGACACCAGCCUCCACCGAGAAUCACAUGGCUUCCACAACCCCAAGAACAGUACCAACAAUGAAGACUUCACAUCGACCGAGAAAGGGGUCAUCUGCUCCUAUUACUUGCCUCUUUCCAAAGACACCUGAAGGCUCUUCACGACCUCGUACACGCAUCAAGCACGGUACGUACACGCUCAACCUGCCUCAUCUAUCCUCGGAUGACGUACAAGCGCCCUCUAAAUGUGGCCAGUGUGACUGUAGGAUUGAAAGGAGGACAUCAUCCAGAUUAAACUAUGAUGCGGACAAUGUUUCCCAUCACAAGGUUUGUACCGAAACAGAUGAUAAAAGAGACGGAGAUGAAAAGGAUCCUGUCAUAAAAAACAUCCUAUCCGACUCCACCUGUAGCUUUGCCUCACCAAGCUCAACAUCAGUUGGGAAAUUCAAAAGAAGAAAUGCACUUCGAAGACGGUCUCGUGACUGCGUUCAAAGGAACCAGAGAUCCAAGUCCCUUCGGCAGAAGAAUAAUAAAGAAACUCGUCUUGGUGCAAAACCUGACGUAAUUCCCCCUAAUGAAGAUGACGUCUUUCUUGAACCUGCCGAAGAGCAAGAGGUUCAUUCAGGUAGAAGACUGGACCGCACACUUGCCGGUGACAUGGUGUUGAAGCAAGACUUGGAGAUUGCUGAGUUCCUCCAUGCUCUAUCUGAGAAGCCGGGUGAGAUGACCUCUGACCUUCGCGGGAAACUCGAACUUUUGAAGAUAUACCUUGAGCGUCGCCUUGGCACGGAAAGGUCAUCCGUGGCGUACAACAUCUUGUCAUCCGCAGGGGGCAAGGAACCUUGCACUGCUUGUGGUAGCUCUGCUGACGGAACCACGGAAGAUGUUGUCAGACUUGUUUCUGAUGUCCUAGGACCGGGGAAAAUGAAUUACUUUCCUCUUCUCUUGCAAGCGGUCAAUUUGAGCAAUCGUUGCCAUUGAGCUGGAAAAGGGACCCAGGGCUGUCCCUUCUGGAAAGAAGUCAGUCACACUGUUUGCUAACAAUGGAACGCAGUGGGAAACGACCUUCCACUUUGUCCAUGCUAACAUUUGACUGUGGAUUCACAUAGUCCACUCCACUAUGUGAACACACAGUGAAAACUCGCACUGUGGAGGUGUUCACAGUGUGAAUUGUUUAAUUACCUUUACAUUACUAAAUCUGAACGUUGUUACAGUGUGAGUCACAUUGUCACAGUCCACUAUGUGAAUACACUAUUAACACACUGCGAAAGCGCUGUGUGAUACUAUGAUUUUCCAGCAGGAAUACCACGUAGGGUUAAAGGUCAGCUGAGGGUUAAAGGUCAGCUGAAAGUUAAAUUGGAAUUUGAUUCCUCCUGCCCAACUGUUUUUUAUAACAUCGAAUAAAUGUAUAAAAGAUGCUUACUAUAUUAUAUUUUAUCGAGUUAAGACAACUUUAAGAGCUUUCAACGCUCGAACCUAUAAGCUGACGAAUAUGAUGCAUGUAUUAGAAUAUAUUGAAAUGACUUAGUCACAUGUUUGCUACCAUAAUAUAUAACCGAAGUAUACGUUGUGGCAAAUAAAAUAUGCCGUAAGGUCAAGGAAGAAAUUGAACACAGGGUUAAUUGCAGCAAUAGUCCUGAAGUCUUGUUAUUAAUGAUAUUGUUAAGAUUUGCUGAACCUUAACUUUGCACCAAUAUAUAUUGUGACAUCUGCAUGCUCAUGUUAAUCACAGAUGAUUUCCUCUUCAUAGUGGAUGUGGGGGCUUUGAAAAGAAACAUUCUUCAGUUCACAUUUAUACUGUAUAUACAUAUACGGGAAUAACUAUCAAAGUUUAUGAAUGGAAACACAGUGAUUCACCUUUCCGGUCUGAUGACCCUCAGUCACAUGUGUGGGAUUAAAGAUUGUCUUCAGUUUAAGAAUAUGAUCAGCUUUAUCAACGUGUAAACAAACUCCAGCCGUCAGAAUACAUGUUUAUCAUGCUAAAUAUAUACCGUGUUUACAUUGUGAUCGGCUUUUGCAUCGGCUCGCGGUUCUGAACAGCGAGCCGAUGCAGAAUUGGCUUUUUUGUUGCGUGUAAACGCGAUUAACUUGCAUCGGCUCUCGGUUCAGAAUCGGCAAUUUUGCACCACCAAAGUAGUAGGUUCAGAACCGUGAGCCGAUGCAGAAUCGGCUUUUUUUUACUACGUGUAAACAGAAAGCCGAUUCUGCAUCGGCAAUUGGCGCGCAUUUCAGUUACUUUACCACUGUGACGUAAUUCAUAGCGCACAGAUCCAGCGUUGUCUUUAUUAUGAUGCAUAUUGUUGGUGAGGGGAUCAUUUCAGGUUUUUGCUCCAAAAGCCGAUUCUGAACCGCGAGCCUAUGUAGCGUAAACGCGGUGCAAGAUAAACCUAAAAGCCGAUUCUCCAUCGGCUCGCGGUUCUGAACCAAAAGCCGAUCACAUGUAAACACGGUAAUAAUUGAGCGUCAUCAAACUGCAACAAUACGCACAUGAAAUUGACAUUAUUAUUUCGGUUAGUUGUAAUUUUAUUUCUGUAUUUUGUAGGUCUAUUCAUUUGUUUGGUGUUUUAUUCUACAACUGUAGGCCUACAGAAAUACCCUUUUUAAUCAAUACAAAAUCUGCCGUGAUAUAUAUCAAAGCUGUUUCUUAUGUUGCAUUAAUUGCGUUAACGUUAAUUAUUUGAUGUGUUCUAGGUGGCAUUAUUGGUUUUAAACUUAUUGUAUUUCGAAUAGUCAAACGUUUUAUGUUAUAAAUUAGUUUAUUCAUGUUAUAUGUACGUAGGUCCUUUGGACCAUUUUUAUCAGAAGUGAAAAUUAUUUUAUCAUAAAUGAAAACAAACUUAUAAUAAACAAGAGAAAUU